AAAAGGAGAAACCCCUAAAAAGUCACUAAAAAAUUUUCAAGUUUAAAAUUAUAAAAAAAAUGUCAAAAUUCUUGCAUUUUCAAUACUUACUCAUAUUAUUAUUAGGUUUGAAAACUCGAACAGAAACAUCCGUACUAAGAGAGUCAGAAAACCUAACCACGGCAUCAGAUAUAAUUUUGGAGCCCAGAGACCUCUCCGCUUGUAGUCCAGGCAAGAUAUUUGAGCUCACAAAAGAAAACUAUCACGAAACCACUGAAACUGGGGUGUUCUUCGUAAAGCUCUAUAUGCCACGUUGCCGUGACUGUGAGGAUUUUGAACUUAUUUGGACCGAGUUGGCUCAAGCAUUUAAGACCAAUCAAAACAUCUGUUUUGCCAAAUUGAACUGUCGUCAUGCAAGGAUAAUAUGCAAUGGCUAUGAAUCGAGUUAUGGGCCAACUUUAGUAUGGGUCGAAGAUGGAGUUGACGUUACCGAAUAUGAUGGCAACUUAAAUUUCGAAGAAAUUUCAAAAUUCAUUAAUGAUAUGACUAGAAAGAAUGAUACUGAAAACGCUGCACAGAAGAGGUUCAAUUUCCAAUCUCAUACAAUAUCAGUUUUUACAUGGUUUCUUAUGGUUUUUAUGUAAUUACAAACUUGAGUAAACUUUUA